UCGGGGGCUGAUACCCGUCGGAUCAGGCGAGGCGUUGUGCGCUUUGCGUUGCGGAACGCCGUGCGAGGCGAUGCGGAGCCGUGUCCCACAGCCGGACGUCGACCUGGCCGCACCGUCCGCGCUCUGAGCUGCGCACCGAGGGAAGGACGGGGCACUAGCAGCAUGAGUUUGGAACGGGACUCGGAGACCACUUUUGAUGAGGAUUCCCAGCCUAAUGACGAAGUGGUGCCAUACAGUGAUGAUGACACAGAGGAUGAGCUGGACAGUCAGCAGCCUGCCGUUGAACCAGAGCAAAACCAAAUCAACAGGAGGGUCACCAAGGAGAGCCAAGAGCCGCUGAAAAAAGACUGCAGCUGGCAGGUUAAAGCAAAUGAUCGUCACUUCCAUGAACAGCCCCAGUUUAAGAGAAAAAUAUUUCUAUGCUUCAAAAAAAGCAAAUACGCUGGAAAUGCAAUUAAGACGUACAAGUACAACCUUGUCACCUUUUUACCACUGAAUCUAUUUGAACAGUUUAAAAGAGCAGCCAACACCUACUUUCUGGUACUCCUCAUUUUGCAGGCAAUUCCCCAGAUAAGUACCCUGUCAUGGUAUACAACGCUGGUGCCCUUACUCUUGGUGCUGGGAAUAACUGCAGUCAAAGACCUAGUGGAUGACAUAGUUCGUCACAGGAUGGACAACGAGGUUAAUAAUAGAGCUUGUGAAGUCAUCAGGGAAGGAAGGUUCAAAAGCAUGAAAUGGAAAGAUAUUAAAGUUGGUGAUAUCAUUCGUCUGAAGAAGAAUACUUUCAUUCCUGCUGAUAUUUUGCUGCUAUCCAGCUCAGAACCAAACAGCCUCUGCUACGUAGAGACAGCUGAACUAGAUGGCGAGACAAACUUGAAGUUUAAAAUGGCCCUUGAGGUAACAGACAGGUAUCUUCAGGAGGAGAAUGCGAUGGCAAACUUCAAUGGUCUGAUUGAAUGUGAAGAACCUAAUAACCGGCUGGAUAAGUUCACAGGAACGUUGUUCUGGAGAAACAGGAGCUAUGCAUUAGAUGCUGAUAAGAUCUUACUACGUGGAUGUAAAAUCAGGAAUACAGAUUUCUGCCAUGGGGUUGUCAUAUUUGCAGGUGCCGAUACAAAAAUAAUGAGAAAUAGCGGAAAGACAAAAUUUAAAAGGACAAAAAUUGACUCCCUUAUGAAUUACAUGGUUUAUACUAUUUUUGUUGUCCUCAUCCUGCUUUCGGCUGGCCUCGCCAUCGGGCACACCUACUGGGAGCAGCAGAUUGGCAACUCAUCUUGGUACCUCUACGAUGCACAGGACUACAGUCCUCCGUACCGCGGCUUCCUUAACUUCUGGGGCUACAUCAUUGUUCUGAACACUAUGGUUCCCAUUUCUCUCUAUGUGAGCGUUGAAGUGAUUCGUUUGGGCCAAAGUUAUUUCAUAAACUGGGAUCUGCAAAUGUAUUACCCUGAGAAGGACACGCCUGCAAAGGCCAGAACCACCACUCUGAAUGAGCAGCUGGGGCAGAUCCAUUACAUCUUCUCUGACAAGACAGGAACUCUCACGCAGAACAUCAUGACGUUUAAAAAAUGCUGCAUAAAUGGCCAAAGAUACGGAGACUGCCGGGAUGGAGCAGGCCAGCUCCCAAGCCACCCAGAGCAAGUGGAUUUCAGCUGGAACAUGUAUGCAGAUGGAAAGUUCUUGUUCUAUGAUCACUAUCUCAUAGAACAAAUAAAGUCCAAAAAGGACCCAGAAAUCCAGGAGUUCUUUCUUCUGCUCGCUGUUUGUCAUACAGUCAUGGUGGAUGUUUCUGAUGGUCAGAUCAACUACCAGGCAGCCUCCCCAGACGAAGGGGCCUUGGUUACAGCAGCCAGAAACUUUGGGUAUGUUUUUCUUUCCCGAACACAAAAUACCAUCACAAUAAGUGAAAUGGGGACUGAAAGAACUUACGAUGUCCUCGCGAUCCUGGAUUUCAACAGUGACAGAAAACGAAUGUCUGUCAUUGUAAGAGAAUCCAAUGGACGUAUCAGGCUGUAUUGUAAAGGAGCUGAUACAGUAAUUUUUGAACGGUUGCACCCAAGGAAUUUAAAGAGAGAAGCGACCGAAGAAGCACUAGAUGUUUUUGCAAGCGAAACUCUAAGAACACUCUGUCUCUGCUAUAGAGACAUUAGUCAUGAUGAAUUUGAAGCAUGGAAUGAAAAGUUCAUGGAGGCCAGUGUAGCUACAAGCAGUCGUGAUGAAGCUCUGGACAAAGUAUAUGAGGAAAUAGAAAAAGACUUGAUUCUUCUUGGUGCAACAGCUAUUGAAGACAAACUACAGGAUGGAGUUCCGGAAACUAUUUCAAAACUUUCAAAAGCAGAUAUUAAAAUCUGGGUGCUUACUGGAGACAAAAAAGAAACUGCUGAAAAUAUUGGAUUUUCUUGUGAACUCUUAACAGAUGAAACAACAAUCUGCUAUGGAGAAGAUAUCAGUGCUCUUCUUCAGACUAGGUUAGAAAACCAGAGGAAUAGAGCUGGAUCAACUACACAUUCGUCUCUAAGAAUGAAUGAACCCUUCUUUCAGGGUGGUAGAAAUCGUGCCUUAAUCAUCACUGGCUCCUGGUUGAAUGAAAUCCUGCUAGAGAAGAAAAAGAAGAAGAAGAAGAAGAAACUUAAACUGAAAUUCCCCAAAACAGAAGAAGAGAAACAAAAGCAAAUUGAGAAGAAAAGAAGGGCUGAAGCUUACAAAGAGCAGCAGCAGAAGAAUUUUGUUGAUUUGGCAUGCGAAUGCAAGGCUGUGAUCUGCUGUCGAGUGACUCCGAAGCAAAAAGCAAUGGUGGUUGAUCUUGUGAAGAAAUACAAGAAAGCUAUUACUCUGGCUAUUGGGGACGGUGCCAAUGAUGUGAACAUGAUUAAAACUGCCCACAUUGGAGUUGGGAUCAGUGGCCAAGAAGGGAUGCAAGCUGUCAUGUCCAGCGAUUACUCCUUUGGGCAGUUCCGCUACCUGCAGAGGCUGCUGCUGGUCCACGGGCGAUGGUCUUACAUUAGGAUGUGCAAGUUCCUAAGAUAUUUUUUCUACAAAAACUUCGCUUUCACGCUAGUCCACAUCUGGUAUUCAUUCUUCAAUGGCUUUUCUGCCCAGACAGCAUAUGAAGACUGGUUCAUCACGCUGUACAAUGUGCUGUAUUCAAGUCUCCCAGUUCUGUUAGUUGGCUUGUUUGACCAGGAUGUGAGUGACAAAUUGAGUCUUCGAUUCCCAAGAUUGUAUGUUUUGGGACAGAAAGAUUUACUUUUCAAUUACAAGAAGUUCUUUAGAAGUUUGCUUCAUGGAGCUAUAACUUCACUGGUAAUCUUCUUCAUACCAUACGGAGCUUACCUUCAAACUAUGGGGCAAGAUGGAGAAGCACCUUCAGAUUAUCAGUCAUUUGCUGUCACAGCAGCAACUUCUCUUGUGUUUAUUGUCAACCUUCAGAUUGGUUUGGAUACAUCUUACUGGACUUUCGUUAAUGCCUUCUCAGUAUUUGGGAGUAUUGCAAUUUACUUUGGUAUCACAUUUGACUUCCACAGUGCAGGAAUCCACGUUCUCUUUCCUUCUGCUUUUCAGUUCACAGGAACUGCUCCAAACACUCUGAAACAGCUGUACCUCUGGCUGACCAUGGCUCUAACAAUCGCUGUUUGCUUACUCCCUGUGGUGGCACAGCGUUUCUUAUCCAUGACAAUUUGUCCUUCAGAAAGUGAUCGAAUCCAGAAGAACCGUAAGAAGUACCUGGCAGAAGAGGAGCAGUGGCAGCGGAGGCAGAGUGCUUUCCGCAGGGGGGUGUCUGCCCGGCGCUCUGCCUACGCCUUCUCCCACCAGAGGGGAUACGCCGACCUCAUCGCCUCGGGGCGCAGCAUCCGCAAGAAGAGAGCUCCGCUGGAUGCAGUGCUGGGCAGCACCACAGGAGGCACAGGAGCUGCUGAAACAAGCUGAUUCACUGCAGUUCCGGAGAGGUUUCUUAUCCAAAUGACUGCACACACACACACACACAGAAUAUUAAACUCAGGAUAUUUUUUUUAAACAGAGUGGCAUAAGGAUAUCUGAUUUUUGUGCUUUAGAACAACUUCAGUUUGCUGGAAGCGUGGAAAAGCCAACAACGUCCUCCAGAGCUCCUAAUCCUUUUGCAGCUGUGUAAUGUGAAACUGAAUGAUGGGUGUGCUGCAGUAUGAAAAGGGCAAUGUGGCGACACCUGGAAUCGAAAACUUUCUUCCACGUUUUUAACAUUAUGUUGGUAUAAAAUUGCAGCUACAUUUCAUAUUGACUCUGAAAACAAAUGGCUAAGCAACAGUUGACUCUGCGUGCACCAUUUUGUUACGUUUUAUGGGGAUAAAGACUCAGGGGUUGAUCGCUCCUGAGAGAGACAUGGACACUGUCGCCUGAGCUGUACACAUCUGGUGACAAACCUGUAGUCAGUGUCAGACUGAGGUGUUCUGAUGCUUGCAGGUGUUUCUGUUUGUUGUUAUUCCUUCGGUGUCUAACUGCAGCUCGCUGCACGGCAUGGAGCAGCUCUCCUUGCACCUUGUUGUACAAGAGCUGUGCCACAAUGCCUUGCACAGCUCAUUCCUUGAAUUUGCCUGCAAUGAAGAAAUCCAAAUCCAUCAUUACAGGUCUGUUUCUCACUUGCUGUCUUUCUGCUCAGCUGUGUAGAUGUCUUGUUUCUCACGCUGUGUGUUUGUUAAUGGAUGGCUGUCCCAGGAGCACUGCCCUUAGCUGGCACUUUGCUCUUUUUGGUUUUAGGUACAGCUGUUACCAUUACAACCUGAAAAUGGCUGCUGUAGGAAAGGUAUCACGUACCAUUCUUGCAGUGUACAAAGUGUUUUGUGAUCUCUGUGCUUGCAGGUGUGUUCCCUCGUGUGUAUGAAUGUGCAGCUGUUAUCUACUGCUGCCUCCGGCUGAGGACGAUUCCUCCAAUGCUUUUAUAAUGAAAAUCGUGGUACACAGUUAUUGUCCAAAGGAAUGUACAUUUCAAACAUGUGAUGCAAAUAAACGCAGUGAAGUUUUCAGCUUCUCUUCUAU